AUGGACUUUUUAUAGACUCUUAAAGAACAGAUGCUUUUGUACCACUUGCAGAUAUGUUAAAUCAUAAAAGACCAGCUUAUACAACUUGGGGAUUUUGUGAAUAAACUAAUUGCUUUGUUUUAAAAGCUUCAGAAGAUAUAAGAUUAGGAGAUUAAAUAUAUUAUAGUUGUGGAAGGAAAUGUAAUUCGAGAUUUUUAUUAAAUUAUGGUUUUGUUGUUAAAAAUAAUGAGGCUAAUGAAAUUUUAGUACAUUUUUUUUUUUGUUUAAAAAAAAAAAAAUCUAUAAAAAGAUAAAAACUUCAUUUGA